CCAGUGUGCCUUCCCUCUGCCCCUCUCAGAAGCACAUCCACCUCCAAGGGGGACCUGCAGCUGAGCUUUGGCCGCCGGUUCUUCAGCACACCGCUUCCAUGGAUCGCUUUUGAAAGGAUUCGUUUAUUUGCUUCCAUCGAUUUUUUUUUCCCGAAUUAUUCCUGGAGUCCAUUUAUGGGCAAAUGGCUCGGGCACUUUUUAUUGUUGUUUUUAGUUUGGAACUUUGCUAUGGUGCUGCUAUCGAGCUGCGCUUCACGUCCGACCCACCGUUGCUGAACAUCAACGGCGUCCAUCGGAUGAACAAAUCCGACAACCUGGAGCUCACGUGCAGAGGCCGGCAGUACCUGCGUUGGACCACCCCUCCCACCAGCGCUCGCUUUUCCAUCAGCGACUGUAGCGGGUCGGGCCUCUUUUGCACGGAGCUGCGGAUCACCAACGCCACCGUCAACGAAACGGGACAAUACCGGUGCUCCUACCGCAAUCUCAAAACGGAAGGCAGCAAGACAUCAGCGGCGGUUCACGUUUUUGUCCGUGAUGACAAGGUGCCGUUUGUUCCGUCCGAGAAGGAAUACGAGGUGGUGUUCAUCCGGGAAGGUGAGCGGGUGGUCAUACCGUGCCGAGGAUCUCUGGAGAACCUCAACGUGACGCUUCAUACUAAGUAUCCAAACAAAGAGUUCCAUCCAGACGGGAAAGACUCCCUGUGGGACGCCAGAACCGGCUUCACCAUCCCUAGUCAUCUAAUCAGCUACGCCGGCGUGGUGUCCUGCCAGACCCGCAUCGGCGACGAGACCUUCAAGUCCCCCCUCUACGUGGUGGCUGUCGUGGGAUACAAGAUUUACGACCUCAUUCUGACCCCCGCGCAAGUCAGGCUGUCCGUCGGUGAGCGUCUGGCGCUCAGCUGUACCGCGUACACUGAACUCAACGUGGGCAUCGAGUUCAACUGGACGCACGCCGGCCAGCCUCUGAUAGCGGGCAAUAGUUCGAGGGCGGCUCACAUGACGCCGUACAAGAAGAAGCUGUGGGACUCUCUGGAGUUAUCCAACACGCUGGUGGUGGACAACGUGACGGUGGAACACACCGGCGAAUACACCUGCACGGCCUCCAGUGGAGCCAUGGACAAAAGCGUCACAGCCUUCCUCAAGGUUUACGAAAAGCCGUUCAUUGACAUAAAGGAGCCUUGGACCAAAGUAUGGGAGGUGAACAUGGGAGGCUUGUCAUCCACCACCAUACCCGUUCGCUACACAGCCUAUCCUGAACCGAGCUUUAAAUGGUUAAAGAAUGGCCUCCCCCUGAAGGAAGUCCACCGGAUCAAGCAGAGAAGCGACGCCCUCAUCUUCCGCGCCGUCACCGAAACCGACAUGGGGAACUACACUAUCGUCCUCAGCAACAAAGUCACCAAAGAUGAGCAAAGGCGAUCUUUCCAGCUUCUGGUUAAUGUUCCUCCUCAUAUCAUUGAGAAGGAAGUGGCGAUGGACACGGACGUUUUUUUGUACGGCAGCACCCCGACGCUCCGAUGCACCGCCCGAGGUUUUCCCACACCCACGUACAUCCAGUGGCAGUGGAUGUCCACCGACAACUGUCCCGAGGCUUUUGUGCCGGGACUGUCCAAAUCUGAGGAGCAAAUAGUCUACUGCAAAGCUUGGCGUGACAUCCAUAACGGCACGGCGCACAACCGUGUGGAGCAGAUCUCCACUGAUGUGGAUCAUGGCCAGAAGAAAAUGGUGAGCUCCUUGAAGUUCCACAAAGCCAAAGUCGACGCCCUGUACCGAUGCACGGCCGCCAACAAAGUGGGAAAGGAUUCCCGCGUUAUUUUCUUCCACGUGACACGCGGCCUGGAGCUGAGCAUGUCUCCGUCCGACCAACCUCUGGAGGAGGAGCACGUGUCUCUCCGCUGCAAGGUCGACGGGCUGAUAUACGGCAACCUGGCCUGGUUCCGCGUUUCUAACAGCUCCGGGUGGGAGCGGGCGGCGGCCGCGCAACCGUGCCGCUCGUUGGCGCUGCCGCCAACGCCGUUGCUGCGCCUCGACACGUCCAAUGGCGAGGGCGGCGCCAACGUGAGUUUGGAGCUAUUGCUGCCCAGUGCUUCCCGACGGGACGAGGGCCUGUACGCCUGCCAGGUGGAGAGCCUCAAGACCAGGGAGAGGACUUGUCUGCUGCGCCACCUGUCACUCAAAGGUCUGGAGGCGCCGAGGAUCCUCAACAACCUCACCGACCAAAAAGUCAACGUGAGCGCCACUGUCUCGCUCCUGUGCGCCGCCGCCGGCACGCCCGACCCGACGGUGGUGUGGACCAAAAACAACCAGACUGUGGUUGAAGGCUCCGGUGUGAUCCUGAGUCGGCGUGGUCAGCUGCUCACCAUCCAGCGUGUCAAGAAGGAGGAUGGCGGCUUGUACAGCUGCUCUGCUUGCAACAGCCGCGGAUGCGACACCUCGCAGGCCGUGUUGACUACGGAAGACGCGGAGGAAAAAACCAACGUGGAGCUGAUCGUUCCCAUCGGCUCAGUGGUCUUCGCCAUGUUUUUAUGGCUACUGCUCGUCUUUGUCUUUCGCAGGAGAAAACGAGCCAACCGUGGCGAUCUCAAGACGGGCUACCUCUCCAUGAUCCUGGACUCGGAGGACGUGCCCAUGGACGAGCAGUGCGAGCGGCUCACUUACGACGCAAACAAGUGGGAAUUCCCUCGGGACAGGCUGAAGCUCGGUGACCCGCUGGGACGAGGCGCUUUCGGUCAGGUUGUGGAAGCCGCCGCCUUCGGGAUCGAGAAAAUCGCCACCUGCACCACCGUGGCCGUUAAGAUGCUUAAAGAGGGAGCCACGUCCAGCGAGUUCCGAGCUUUGAUGUCAGAAUUGAAGAUCCUCAUCCACAUCGGACAUCACCUGAAUGUGGUCAACCUUCUGGGAGCCUGCACGAAGCCUGGCGGCCCUCUCAUGGUCAUCGUGGAGUACUGCAAACACGGAAACCUCUCCAGUUACUUGAAGAGCAAACGUGGAGAAUACAGCCCGUAUAAGAGAAAGAGAACAGACAGCCAAAGAUGGACGUCCGCAGAAGUUGACGUGACCGAAGGUGAUCUCGGCCUGGGGAAGAUCGCUCAGCUGGACAUCUGCACCGGGACUGCCUACAGAGCUUCAGGCAGCCACCUGACUCCCCAGGAUGAGAGCACAGACGACGACCACCUGACCAUGGAGGACCUGAUCUGCUACAGUUUCCAGGUGGCCAAAGGAAUGGAGUUCCUGUCCUCUCGCAAGUGCAUCCACAGAGAUCUGGCCGCCAGGAACAUCCUGCUCUCGGAGAACAACGUGGUUAAGAUCUGCGACUUUGGUCUGGCCAGGGAUGUCUACAAGGACCCGGAUUACGUUCGCAAGGGAGAUGCACGGCUUCCUUUGAAGUGGAUGGCGCCAGAGACCAUCUUCGACCGGGUGUACACCACCCAAAGUGAUGUCUGGUCCUUCGGGGUCCUUCUCUGGGAGAUCUUUUCGCUGGGAGCAUCUCCCUAUCCUGGCGUGUGCAUCGACGAGACUUUCUGCCGACGGCUUAAAGAAGGCACCAGGAUGAGACCACCAGAGUACGCCACCUCAGAGAUAUACCAAACCAUGUUGGACUGCUGGCUGGACCGUCCCACGGACAGGCCUACCUUUGCGGAACUGGUGGAGCAUCUGGGCAAUUUGCUGCAGGCCAGCGCUCAUCAGGACGGCAAGGACUACAUCCCCCUGACGGCAGAAGGCGACGUGGCGGGAGCUCUGUCUUACGCCAAGCCUCAGAGCAGAGACAUCCUGGAAGUUCACCCGCACUAUGACAACGCUCUGGCUCUCGGGCAGGGCGAAAUGUGCAGCCGGAGGCUCAGCGUGAAGACGUUUGAUGACGUGCCUGUGGAGCACAGCAGCGUCAUGGAGGGUCGCAUGGACUGUUCACCUGAGGAAGCGAUGGGUUCGAGUCCGCAGCUCUCGAUGACGCCCAACUUGAGCCGGCUCAUGCGCUGCAAAAGCAAAGAAUCGCUGGCGUCCGAGUCGUCCAACCAGACGAGCGGCUACCAGUCGGGCUACCACUCGGACGACGCCGACGCGCCCAUCUACGCCAACGAGGAGGCCAUCGUCAAGCACAGCAUGCUCCUAAAAAAGCAGAAGACUCCACCUGCGCCUCCUGUGCCCAAAUUUGGCGCGGAGAUCCGUUACAGCACGCCGCCCGUCUGACCCCGGAACCCUCUGCUUGUACAUUUUGUUUUUUUAAAUUGUUGAACAAUGUGUAGAGCUGCAGCGCUGUUGUUGUUGGCGUCAUAAAUCAACCGGAAGAAAAAUGAAGGUUGACUGACGAGUGGCUGUAAACCAUCCACGGUUAUCAUGUUUACUCAGCGAGUUAACAGUAGGACUCGCUUCCUGUCCGGCCGGAAACGCCGCUGGGAAUUUUGAGAUUGUGGCGUCAUGCGGCGGAAUGUUUUUGUGUGCCAGAGGAGGCAGUUCUCAUUUCUUCUUUGUGUACAGUCUCUUAUUUGUACCCGUAUUACAGUAUGUAACCUAUGCUAGCUAAAGGAUUCACUGAAAUCCGCGAAGUACGGUCACCAACAAGAAGUACUGGGCAGGCUAACGAGUUAGCAGAACGAUGCUAAUUCGCAAUCGCGAAAACGGACUUCUAAAGGAAUGUAAACGAACAUUUGAAGCAAUACUGCACCGUUCUAAAGACAUGGAUGGCGUUCUGGAGCAAAGUGGAGACGGUUCAUUUCUGGUCACAUAUCUUCAAAAGUAAUUGAGGUACCAUUUGUGGUGUAAACGGAAGCAUUUGACUUUACUUCUCUGUAUGCAUGAAAGAUUAAUAAUUAUGGGUAAUUUACUCAGGUAUGUUGCCUUAUAAUCAUUUUACGGACACCGCCCCGUUUUGAAUAUCUUGCAUGAUCACGCAGUGCACCUUUCCAACUCACCUGCCUGAUCACAUCACUGACAUAUCUGAACACACACACCCGCACGCACACGUCUGCAGCUGUCAGACGCCUUGUUUAAUAAAUAAGAUUGAAAAGAGCGAUAAUGAAUCUGGAUAUUGCAAACAGGACGUCUGAUAUUCCCUGAGAAAAAAAAAAAGCGCUGUCUAUCAACGCCGUCUGAUAGGGGAGGGUUGUCUCCUUUGUUUAUUCACUGCCACGCGACAUGCACAUGAGCUCACACAAAAUUCAUUGUGACACAUUCAUAUAGAAAAACAAGAGCAGAUGAAAUGUAUGCAAAUGAGGUAAGUUGCCAAAAGUUGAGCAUCAUCAAGAUGAAAAAUAAGAACACACUGACAACCUGAUUGCAUGAUUAUUAUGAAACUAUAUUUCCAAAUCUUGGGGAAAAAAAUACCUAUAUGUACAUGCCAAAAAUGUUUUUUUCUUGUUUUACAUUAGCAUUAGGCUAUUGACAGUUGAGGUUGUGCCAUACGAGCAGAGAAAGAACCUAUGGUGUACUCAAACCAAGCAUCCAUGUGUCUUCAUAGAACUAAAUAAAGGUUGAAAGAAGAGCAAAGGCGCUGAUCACAGAGGAGUCUCGCCUUACAGGUUUGCACAAGCGACACCAGACACGGGCCAUCGCCGUCAUCUGUCAUCGGGAUGCCUCACGUCCGUAUCUCCCUUCAACUGAGUGAUGGACUGGCUUUGUUCCGCCACAAACAUCAUGACGGAUGACUGAUGGAGUUGCUCUGACUCAAAGAUGAUGUUAGCCUGUCACAGGGAUGGAGACAUGUGGGUGAUGGAUUGAGGCGAGCAGCGAUAUGCCUCAGUGACCUGAAGCUCCGCCUCUUUUUAAAGGCCAAGAAAAAUAUG